UCUUAAUCAAGGCAUGUUCUUAAGCCAGGUUUCCUGCACUUGGAUCACCAUCUCUGAGUUAUUAAAGUUUUGUGUCUUGUUUCAUCUUCACCAAACCAUUUAGAUUAAAUUAGACAAAGGAGAAUUCUUGAACAUGCCAUGGCUUUUACAAAUCUCCUUCAUCUUCUUACUUACCUGUCUAUAGGCAUCACUCUUAGCAAUGGCCAGAGAUGUAACGAUACGGGAAACUUCACAACUAACAGUGUUUAUGGCAAGAACCGCGGCCUUAUCCUUUCAAAUCUUGCUUCUAAUGUAUCAACAAAUGGGGGUUUUUAUACUGCUACUAUUGGCCAAGACACCAACGAAGUUUAUGCUCUUGCACUUUGCAGAGGUGAUUCUUCUUCAGAAACUUGUUUCAGCUGUGUCAAUUCCACAACCCAUGAUCUUAUAACCAAAUGUCCCAACCAAAAAGAAGCACUUUCAUGGGGAGGAGAUCCUCCAUGCAUUGUACGCUAUGCAGACCGGUCUUUUAUUGGAUUACUGGAGCUGGAUCCUAGCGAUGCUGGCUAUAAUGUGAAUAAUAUCACUACGAAUUUGACAGAGUUUGAUCAGACCUGGGAAAGUUUAAUGGAUCGCGUGGUUACAAAAGCCUCUAUGGGUUCUUCUAAGCUCAAAUUUGCCACUGAAGAAGCUAAUUUGACUUUCUUUCAGAAGAUAUACGCCUUAAUGCAGUGUACUCCAGACUUAUCCCGGAGUAAUUGCGACUUUUGUCUUCGUCAAUCUGUAUCUUACUUCGAGAGCUGCUGUCAUGGGAAGCAAGGAGGUUACGUUCAGAGGCCUAACUGUAUUUUUCGCUGGGAUUUGUAUCCCUUUUAUGAAUCAACUGAAGCUCCAUCUCCGUCUCCUCCACUACCACCCAGAAUUUCUCCUCCACAGAUAACUAAUACCCCACCUGACAAAGGAGGCAUUGCACCUGUAGUUGUUGGAAUUAUUAUUGCCUCUAUAAUUAUCAUCACAUCACUACUACUUGCUUUAACUUAUGUGUUUUUAAGGAGGAGAAAGGCAAAGGGCGAGAUAAGAAGAAAGCAAGAGCUAAAAGACGUCGGUGAUGAAAUUGAGACUGUGGAAUCCUUGCAAUUCGACUUCAGCACUAUCAAAGUUGCAACAGAUAACUUUUCCAUUUGUAAUAAGCUUGGAGAAGGUGGAUUUGGUUCUGUUUACAAGGGAAGACUUCUUGACGGACAGGAUAUAGCUGUGAAGAGGCUGUCUAGAGAUUCAGGACAAGGAGAUCUGGAAUUUAAAAAUGAGGUCCUCUUGGUGGCCAAGCUUCAUCAUAGAAAUCUAGUUAGGCUUCGAGGUUUCUGCUUGGAAGAUAAAGAAAGGCUUCUUAUAUAUGAGUUUGUGUCAAAUUCAAGCCUAGAUAACUUCAUAUUUGAUCCAAUCAAGCGAUUGUUAUUAGAUUGGGAAAAACGAUACAAGAUCAUAGGAGGCAUAGCUCGAGGAAUUCUUUACCUUCAUGAAGAUUCAAGAUUAAGAAUCAUUCAUCGCGACUUAAAGGCUAGCAACAUUCUUUUAGAUGCAAAUAUGAUUCCAAAAAUUUCAGAUUUUGGAAUGGCAAAGUUAUUUGAAGUGGAUCAAACUCGAGGCGAUACAAGUAGAAUUGUUGGAACCUUUGGAUAUAUGUCUCCUGAAUAUGUAAAGUAUGGACACUUCUCAGUCAAGUCCGAUGUUUUCAGCUUUGGCGUCUUAGUCUUGGAAAUCAUUAGUGGUCAAAAGAACAAUAGUUUUUGUAAUGGGGAAGAGGGGGAGGACCUGCUAACUUAUGCAUGGAGAAAUUGGAAAGGAGGGACAGCUUUAAAUAUGAUAGAUCACACUUUGAGGAGUCAUUCUAGUAGUGAAAUUACGAGAUGUAUUCAUGUUGGAUUACUAUGUGUUCAAGAAAAUGAAGCUGAUAGACCAACCAUGACUUCAGUUGUUCUAAUGCUAACUAGCAACUCUGUCUCUCUGUCAGUGCCGUCAAAACCUGCAUUCUUUAUGCCCAGCGUUGUGGAACAGGAUAAAUCUGAAGUCACUAUGCCGGGUCAAUCAAAAAGCAAUUCUGUCCAAUAUUCAGUGAAUGAAGCUUCAAUCACGGAGCUGGAUCCCCGUUAACAUACGAGUAUGCUAGAUCUUUAAGCAUGUUUGUUCUCUAAACUUCUACUUUGAGUUUAAAUAAAUUUUGUAAAGUAGCAGUCAUACAUUAGCAGAAUACUCUAGUUCUUCUGAUUUUCUGGAAUAAUAUUCAAGUCGUUGAACUAAAGAGUAAAAGUUAUUGUUGUUAAUUAUUUUUUCUUCAUCUGGAAAAUCUACUUCUCGUCAUCAGAGCUUCGUCACUGAGGAGAAUCCUUUAUUGUAUUAGCCCUUUGUUCUUCAGAUGUGUAAGCAAAUGAGUGUAAGCUG